AUGGCCAAGGACAAUCAUCCAUCACCGUGGAGUGCAGAGGUUCCUAAAAGCAGGAACGCUUCACUGGCAUUUGGGGAUUUGGUAUCUCAUGGAGAAAAAACCCUUCGGGAUAUUUCAUCACCAUCCAACUUGACUUCCAGCAUCAACAUGUUCAACAAAAUCCUCAAUUUUGGGAAGAGCGAGACCAAAUAUUCAACUGCAGCAAAUCUCAAAGUCAUUCUGUGUGAGAUCUUGUCACGAUACGUAGCACAUCCUGGUCUUACUGAAGAGAAGAUGGCAGCCAAUAUCCAUCGGACAUUCUGCUUUACUGACUCAUCGCUUUUAGACUCAUUUACUCAAGAGUUCAGAAGUCAGUUCUCUCAGGUACAACACAACCCACAGUACCAGGCAGCAUUCGUCAAUGAAAUGGUGUCAUUUCUAAUGCUCAUCUCCCAAGUGCAGAAUGACACCUCCCUGUGGCAUCUCCUUUUGCUGGCCCCAGAUGUGUUUCAGGGCAGCGUGCAACUGCAAGACAUAAUUGAUUUCCUUCAGAACGCAAGCAGCAUUGUGCUGGCAGCUCAGAAUGUCUCUGCGUCGUUUGUGACUGAUGAUAGUUUCAAAACUGUUCAGAAUGGGGUUACAGAUCCUCCAUAUUCCCUGAACUGCUUGGAGCAAGAUAAAGAAAAAAGUUUGGUGACCAGAUAUAUUUGUAAUCCCUUUGUUAACUGGAAAGAGAAUCGGACUUUAGUAUCUGAAUUGGAGGAAGUUCUGAGCAUGCCAUCAUUUCUGGAAGACUUCCGAGACCGUUUAAAUGGAAUGCAAGAAAUACCAUCUUUGUUUUCCGAUUAUCUGCUUAAGCCUGUGACCUACAGAAACUUUCCAGACCAGCUCCUAGCUCUCCAGAAGAUGUUUUUUAUAAUGACAGACACAAACAUAGGUUAUCAAUACCUACUGAUGCCUGUGUUUGAACUCAUGCGGAAAGUAGAAAGCUCCAUGGGUGAAGCCUGGUGGGAUGAGUUGAAUGCCUAUUGGCGCAUUGGGGAGAAAAUGAGAUCGAUGAAGUGGAAUAACACAGGCAUCAUAGCCUAUGGGCAGUUUUUAGAGGUAUUAAACAGCCAUUUACAAAAGCUGAAUAAUAAUUCAAAUAGUGUCUUCAGUGAACAAUUGGAUCAACUGUCAGAAUUUAUAAUAGCUGUGUUUAAUGAGUUUGGGGAAAACUCUGAGGUAGCCAAUAUCUCACUAGUCACUCAAGCCAUACAAAAGACUUUGUACAUAUUAAAAGACUUACAGCUGAAUUAUAAUGUCAGUAAAUUAAAAUCUAUAGAACUUUUCUUUAAUUUUGACAAUAAAACCUUUGAGAGCUUGUCUGAACUUCUGAGGACAGGAAUGAAAGUCCUUGAUUCUACAAGUGCCAGUGAAGCUUCCAGUAAAGAAAUAAUUAACUAUGUCUAUAACUUAACACAUCUUAUACUGCAGGACUUCAGCCAGUCUUCCUUACGGCACAAUACUUCACUAGAAGCAAAAAUUUGGGAGUUCUUGCAUUUAGCCUUGAGUCCUUUCCUAGAGAACAGCGACAAUGGUUAUGGGACACCCCAGAACUGCUCUGCUGAGGACAUACUCUACAUAACACUUGAGAUGCUGUUUGAAAAUACCACUCUAAGCGAGUCCUUAGCUGGGAGCCCCUGCAAACCCCUCUUUGAUUCCAUGAGCGUGGAGAGUGGAACAAUGGGCAAUGACACCUUUAAAAAAGUGUUCCAGCUUGCCAUAACGAGCCUGAAACUGUCUCCGGAGUUUGCUGCUGUCUACAAGAACAGCAGUGAACACUUUUCCAAGGAGCUGUCGUGCAUCAUCCAGUCUCUGCAGUUUUCUCUGAGUUUCCUUUCCAAAUUAAACCUUGUCUCCGAGCUGGAAAACUCUUGGGUACAGGAGAAGGCGAGAGCUCUGACUGCUCUCACGGAGGGGCUGCUGCAGAGUAAUGCCUCCUGUCCCAUCCCAGUCCAAGAUGUAGGUGAUGUGCUCCCAUCUCAGCUUUUGAACAUGCUCAUUCCUUUCAUGGUGAAUGAAACAGUACUGAACUCCCUAAAUUUCUCUGACAGCUCAGCAGACUGGCAUAGGCUGCCUGUGUUUUCCCAUCUGUUACCGUCUAUUUCCACGAGGAACAGCAGUAUAUAUGAAUUGCUACAGGUGGGCAGAAAUGCUUCCAACCAGUCUGAGUGGGGGCAUUUCUCGCGGCUGUGGCACGUCACUGGCAACGUGUUGACCACCAAAUGGAACCUAACGGAAGUGGGUGAAUAUGUGAAACUCCUGGAAACUAUGAAGAAAGCUCUAAUUCUUGUGGACUUCGGGGUAGCUCCUGGAAAAACUUUAGUACAUCAGAUCUUUCAGAAUUCUAGUGGAGGAAUUAAAUCCUCAGAUCUGAAUGAUUUGUAUCGUUCAUUAAAACUCUCUUUCAAUUCAAAUUCUGCCGCAAACAGCACGCUGGACUUGGAAAGAAUAUUUCAAGAAAUACUUCCAUUGUAUGAAGCUGGUGGUGAAGAAUUGUUCUACCCUAAUCCCUACGGAAAAGAAAAUGAAGGUGUUCUAACUAUGGCUACAGUGAUUUGGAAUCAGAUAAUUUUAAACAGGACUCAUUUUAAUACAGAGAAAGCAUGGGAGGUUAUCAAAAUGAUUGCACUUCAUGCAAUCUCGCUUGAAGACAUUGAAAAUUAUCUCAGCACAAGUGAAAAAGUGUCAUCAUUAUUUUCUGACUUCUUGUUGACCCCUGUAACUUCUGAAAAUUUUGCAGAACAGAUGUUGUCCCUUGACCAGCUUCUUGCUGCCAUGGCAAAGGUGAAUACCAGUGAUCAUUAUCUGCUGAUCUCUUCUUUGUCUAAGCUAAUGCAGAAACUCCAGAGUUCCCCUCAUGGAAGGCAGGGAAAUGAACUUCAUGCUUUCUGGCAGAUUGCUGAAGUACUCCAGUCCAUGAACUGGAAUACUACAGACACUCUCACUUCCCAGUCACUUCUAGACAUACUGCAAAAUCAGUUCAGUACCAUGAAAAAUUACUCCAGUCUUCCUUUCAGUAAGGAACUGAAGCAGCUGGUAAACUUUGCAUCUUCCAUAUUUGAGCUGUUCGGUGAAGAAGACUCCAGAGGAACCAACAUCUCCGUAUACUUGCAAGCCAUGCAGAGGAGUAUCUUAAUUUUAAAAGGUUUGCAGAAAAGUUAUAAUAUCAGUGAGCUUGAAACUAUCAACCUAUUAUUUGAUUCUUACAGUAACUAUACCCAGAGACUGAUUGAAAAGGAGUUCAGUGAGUCUUCCUUAUGGCACAAUACUUCACUAGAAGCAAAAAUUUGGGAGUUCUUGCAUUUAGCCUUGAGUCCUUUCCUAGAGAACAGCGACAAUGGUUAUGGGACACCCCAGAACUGCUCUGCUGAGGACAUACUCUACAUAACACUUGAGAUGCUGUUUGAAAAUACCACUCUAAGCGAGUCCUUAGCUGGGAGCCCCUGCAAACCCCUCUUUGAUUCCAUGAGCGUGGAGAGUGGAACAAUGGGCAAUGACACCUUUAAAAAAGUGUUCCAGCUUGCCAUAACGAGCCUGAAACUGUCUCCGGAGUUUGCUGCUGUCUACAAGAACAGCAGUGAACACUUUUCCAAGGAGCUGUCGUGCAUCAUCCAGUCUCUGCAGUUUUCUCUGAGUUUCCUUUCCAAAUUAAACCUUGUCUCCGAGCUGGAAAACUCUUGGGUACAGGAGAAGGCGAGAGCUCUGACUGCUCUCACGGAGGGGCUGCUGCAGAGUAAUGCCUCCUGUCCCAUCCCAGUCCAAGAUGUAGGUGAUGUGCUCCCAUCUCAGCUUUUGAACAUGCUCAUUCCUUUCAUGGUGAAUGAAACAGUACUGAACUCCCUAAAUUUCUCUGACAGCUUAGCAGCCUGGAAUUACCUGUCCUCACUCUUCAGCGUGGCACAGGAUGAGCUCCACAUGAACGAGCUGCUGCAGAGCAUCCAAGACACCUUCAACCUUACCGAAUGGAGUUACUACUCAAGUGUCUGGGAUGUGGUUGACAGUUUCCUAAACACAAAAAGGAAUCUAACCGAAGCAGCUGCCUUUGCAAAGUUGUUGGAAGCAGUGGCAAACAACUCUGCUAACAAUGUGUCAGCUCUAGAAAUCAUAGAAGCUAGUCACUACAUUCUCAAGAGGCUGAACUUCUUUGAUCUGCUAAAUGAAUUCAAUAUAAGUUCCAGUUUGGCUUUUCUCUCUGACAAAACUAGUUUUGAUAGUGUCAUUGACAUUGUCGCUCAUCACUUCAUUGUCAUGGCAGAAACCCUGUACAACAAGACCCUACCUUGGACUCAGAGUGACCAAACUCUGUCACCAACCAGUUUGAUCACACGAUUUCUGUUUUUAGAAUUUGAAAACACCAUCUUACAGGUGACAGUGAAUAACAGCUAUAACCCUUACCUGAUGUGUUUAAUAAAUGCCACUGAAGUUGAAGACAGCAAAUUGACAGAAAACAUCACACUGCUUUUGAAGCAAACUCAUCUGAAAAAGAACUCUUUCAUGCAAAAUAACACCUCUGAGAAACAUUCAUCCAUACCAGAGCUCCUGAAGCUAAAAAUAUCUCACCUCCGGGAUCUGACAACACUUCUUUGUGACUAUGAGAGCUUUAAGUCAAUACAGCGUAUUUGCCAUCUCCCUAAUGUUAGCUUUGGAGAACUGUGUGAACAAAGUCAAUCUCAUGAGCAGCUCCUCCGCGCUAUUGAACUGAGCAAUCAAGUUGUGACCAAUGUACUGAAUCACAGAAGAAUCUCACAAGAGCUUCAAAACAUACUGAUUGGGGAUGCCUCAAACAUCCAGACACAAAUGAAGUGGUUUCAAGAAAAUGUACCAGAAAUUGCUUUCUUUCAAGAGAUUCCUCAGUAUAUGACUGCUUUGAAUUCCAUGUUGAACAUCACUGAGAAUUUAACAGAUUCUAGCAAGCAAGAAAAGUUGAGAGAUGUGUUUAAAAAUGUGGACCAGCUCAAAGAGGAUCUCAAAAACACAACAGGAAUGUCCACAGCCAGUAUUGAUGCUCUUCUGGAAGCAUCUCUCCCGGAAAACAGCAGUCAGUUCAUUUCUCAGAUCCUCCAGCUGGAGUCUUGUGGCAUCCAUCCUGCUGACCCACAGCUGCAAACAGUAGUGGAGGAGUUCUGCAAUCUCUCUCUUUCAGAGAGGACUCGUGAGACAUACAUCCUGGGGGUCACACUGUUACGACACUUAGACAUUUACAAUUUCUUAUACAAGAUGUUUUUCCCUAAGGAACUUCAGAAACCCGUGGACAAGAUGUUAGGCCUUCUGACAAAAAUGAAAUAUUUCAGACACCAGGUUGAAUCUGGCGUUGAUCCAUUGCUACAAGCUAUUCACUCACUGAAAAAGCUCCGGCAGUCUAGAAAUGUGCCACUGACUAAGGCAUUAUUUAAACCAAACAACUUUAGGAUAACACAUGGCACAUUUAAGUCCAUGUCAAAAGUCCUCUGCAACCAGGAGAUCACACCCCUGUUUUUUGAGUCCUUGCUUCCAGAUUUUGGAGACCCUGUAAGCAACAGUUCUUCUGUGGAGGAUGUCUAUGUCCAAAAGAUGAUCAGGAAAUAUGGGAUUCCUCAUGACUCCACACCGUUUUGCUUAUCGUUUUACCUGGACCUGGUCAAGACCCCAACUGGAGCUUUAAUUUGGUCUUUUUUAAAACCAAUGGUGCUUGGGAAGAUCCUUUAUACACCAGAUACCAUAGAAACUCGAGCAAUCAUGGGAAAGUCUAAUGCAACCCUGAAGCAGAUGGCUGAUCUAGCCCUGAAGUCCCAGGAGUGGUUGGACAAGUCUCCUGUCAUCAUGAAUUCACUGACUAAGUUAAACCAGACUGUUCCGAUGAUCAAGAACACCCUGCAGAAUCCCUUUGUGCAGGUUUUUAUCAAGCUGAUGGUGGAUUUGGAUGCAGUUGAAUUGCUGAGUCAAAUAAAUGAACUGGAUGAUAUUCGGCUGGAAUUGCAGAACAACGCUGACAUUGUCGAUCAGCUGAAUACGUUAGCUACCCUUGCUGUAAAUGUGUCUUCCUGUGUCUCAUUUAAUCGCAUUCAGGCAGUCAGAAACUUAGAAGAAAUGGAAAUGGUGGCUAAAGAGCUCUUUCUGAAGAACGAGCUUUUCGCAAGUGUCAUUUUCAAGCUGCCUUCAAGCCAUAGCAGCCCUGGACGCUCAGUUCACGGGGACUUGGCCCUCCCUCCUGUGCUCAACUACACCAUCCGAAUGAGCAGCAGGAUCACGCAAACCACCAACAGAAUAAGGGAGCGCAUCUGGACAGUGGGCCCGCACAAUUCCACCUCGCAGAGCCAGAUUUACAGCCGGGCGUUUAUUUAUAUCCAGGACAGCAUUGAAAGAGCCAUUAUUGAGUUACAGACUGGCAAGAAGCCAGAGGAAAUAGCUGUUCAAGUCCAGGCCAUGCCUUACCCCUGCUACAACAAGGAUAUGUUCUUAACCAGCGUGACCUACUCUCUUCCAUUUGCUCUGAUGGCUGCCUGGGUGCUGUUUAUAGCUGAUUUUGUUAAAACACUUGUUCAAGAGAAAGAUCUGAGGCUUUAUGAGUACAUGAAAAUGAUGGGUGUUAAUGCCAGCAGCCAUUUCAUCGCCUGGUUCAUAGAGUGCGCCAUCUUCCUUCUAAUUACUGUCACCUUCCUCAUCAUUGUUCUAAAAGUGGGUGACAUCCUUCCCAAAACAAACACAGCUCUCCUGUUUGUGUACCUUAUGGACUACAGCCUGUCCAUCAUAGCCAUGAGCUAUUUCAUCAGUGUUUUCUUCAAUAACACCAACAUAGCGGCCUUGGUGGGCAGUCUCGUGUACAUCCUCACCUUCUUCCCCUUCAUCGUGUUGCUCGUCAUCGAGAAUCAUUUGAGCUUCUCUGUGAAGAGCCUACUGAGUCUGUUGUCUCCAACUGCAUUCAGUUAUGCAAGUCAAUACAUUGCUCGAUAUGAGGCACAGGGCAUAGGUCUGCAGUGGGACAACAUGUAUAAGUCCCCAAUGAUUGGCGACAACACUUCAUUUGGCUGGAUGUGCUGGCUCAUUCUGAUAGACUCUUUCAUUUACUUCAUCCUGGGAUGGUAUAUAAGGAAUGUUUUCCCAGGUAGAUACGGCAUGGCUGCUCCCUGGUAUUUCCCAUUGCUUCCAUCUUACUGGGUCGAAUACAACAGUUACCUCCCCUUCUGGAACGAGAAACGAAAAGGCCUUCUCUUCACCAAGCUGAUGUUAAGGAAAGAAGCCACCCUCAACAACAAGAUAUGUGCCCCUCCUCCUCACCUGGAACCGGAACCCACUGAUCUUACCUUGGGAGUCUCCCUCCAUGGCAUAACAAAGGUCUAUGGAUCCAAAGCUGCAGUGGACAACCUCAGCCUCAACUUCUAUGAAGGGAAUAUCACUUCCCUGCUGGGACACAAUGGAGCCGGGAAAACUACAACCAUAUCUAUUUUGACUGGGUUGUUCCCUACCUCAUCAGGUACUAUCUUUGUGUAUGGCAAAGACAUCAGGACUGACCAGGAGGUUAUCAGGAAGAACAUGGGUGUGUGUAUGCAGCACAACGUGCUUUUUAACUACCUCACCACAAAGGAACACCUGCUGCUCUAUGGGUACAUCAAAGUCCCUCACUGGAGUAAACAGGAGCUCUACCAAGAAGUGAAGAGGACUUUGAAGGAGACUGGACUGUACAGCCAUCGUCACAAGCUAGCUGGCUCCCUGUCUGGGGGGAUGAAGAGGAAGUUAUCUAUAGCUAUUGCUCUCCUGGGUGGAUCGAGGGUGGUAAUACUAGACGAACCAACCACAGGGGUGGAUCCAUGCUCUCGCAGAAGUAUUUGGGAAAUUAUCUCCAAGAAUAAAAAAGGCAGAACCAUCAUUCUCUCAACACAUCACUUGGAUGAAGCAGAAGUUCUGAGUGACCGAAUCGCCUUCCUAGAGCAUGGAGGGCUCAAAUGUUGUGGUUCGCCAUUCUACCUCAAGGAAACAUUUGGUGAUGGAUACCACCUGACACUCACAAAAAAGAAGAACAUGAUAGAGGAGUGUGACACCACAGCAGUGACCUCCUUGAUCCAGUCCCACCUCCCGGAGGCUUAUCUCAAGGAGGAUAUUGGUGGAGAGCUCGUGUACGUGCUUCCCCCCUUCAAGUCCACAGUCUCAGGGGCCUACCAAGCACUUCUCAGAGCCCUCGAUACCAGCUUGAGUGAUCUCCACCUUGGUUGCUACGGGAUUUCAAACACGACUGUGGAAGAGGUGUUUCUCAAUCUGACAAAAGAGCUAGUGAAGGACCAGCAAGAAGAUGCUGAACUGCCCCAACAGCUGCCUGGAGCCAGUGGUCAAAUUGGCAGUGACGAAAUGUCUAUGAGCACGGAUACCUUCACAGAAAGAGAUGAUCAGCUCCUGAUUAGGUCAAAAAGCCUGCAGGGUUUGCCAUUGCUGCUUAAGAAGACAUCAGCUUUGUUCACUAAGAGAUUUCACCAUACCCGGCGGGAUGUCAGGGGCUUCAUUGCUCAAGUCAUCCUCCCGGUCCUCUUUGUGAUGGCUGCAAUGGGACUUGGGACACUGAGAACUAAGGAGACUGAAUAUCCCGAACUGAUUCUUUCCCCCUCUCUGUACGGCACGUCCGACCAGGCAGACUUCUUUGGGAAUUUUAAUGAAACCACAGAUGCUUUAGUCGCUUCGAUGCUUGCUUUCCCUGGAACAGAUAACACAUGCAUGAAUGAAAGCAAUUCGCAGUGUUUAACGGAGGACAUGCUUGGCCAGUGGAUUUUCAGUGGAAACCAGACAACUAAGUAUUCUGCCUGCAACUGCACAGAUGGCAUCCAGACAUGUCCACAGACGAACUACACUCCCCCUCACAGAAGGACCUUCUCCACACGGACAAUUUAUAACCUUACAGGGCACAAUGUGGAGACCUACAUUCUGGCAACUACCAAAGACUUCCUGCAAAAACGGUAUGGUGGCUGGAGCUUCGGGCUGCCUUUGACAACAGAUCUUCAGUUCGAUAUCAGGCCAGUGCCCCCCAACAGAACAUUGACUAAGGUGUGGUAUAAUCCCGAAGGUUAUCACAGCCUUCCAGCCUAUCUCAACAGCUUGAACAACUUCAUUCUUCGAGCUAACUUGCCAAAAAAUGAGACUUCCCAAUAUGGUAUUUUCCUAUCAGCUCACCCAUAUCCUGGAGGACAGAGUCAAGAACAAGUAAUGCUCAACAGCUUACUCGACAUCAUCGUUUCAAUGUCUGUUUUGGUUGGCUACUCUAUCACAACGGCAAGCUUUGUGCUCUACGUGGUAAAAGAACAUCAAACCAAAGCCAAACAACUGCAGCAUAUUUCAGGCAUGGGGAUGACAAGCUAUUGGGUGACUAACUUCGUUUAUGAUCUGGUACUUUUUAUGGUCCCUAUUGGACUCUCAAUAGGAGUUAUUUCAUCCUUCCAGAUACCAGCUUUCUGCAACAACAAUAACUUACUGGCAGUAUUUCUUCUGCUGUUACUGUUUGGAUACGCAACGUUUUCAUGGAUGUACCUGCUGGCUGGGUUUUUCAAAGAAACAGGAAUGGCCUUCAUUGUUUACGUCUGCGUCAACUUGUUCUUUGGCAUCAAUACCAUCAUUACUCACUCGGUUGUAUUUCUGCUCUCCCAGGAAAAGGCCACAGACCAGGGCUUGCAUGAUCUCGCUGAAAACUUAAGGCAUGUGUUCCUUCUGUUCCCACAAUUUUGCUUCGGCUAUGGCUUGAUUGAACUGUCACAGGAUCAGGCGCUGCUGGGCUUCUUAAAAGCCUAUGGAGUGGACUACCCUGACAAAACCUUUGAGCUGGACAAGACCACAUCCAAGCUGUUUGCCAUGUUUAUCCAGGGCACCGUGUUUUUUGCCAUUCGUCUUACAGUUCAUGACAGGAUGAUUCAGAGAGUUUGGAACAACAUACUAGAGUUCCUGUUUGAUAGAGUGCAUGGCAAAGCAUCGCUUCUGCCACCCGCGGCUGAAGAGGACGGAGACGUCCAGGCAGAGAGGAACCGGGUGGAGUCUGGCAAAGCUGAUUUCGACGUGGUGCAGCUCCAGAAUCUCACAAAGGUCUACCACCUUCCUCACAAACGCAUCACGGCUGUGAAAAACAUCAGCCUUGGGAUCCCUGCUGGAGAGUGCUUUGGCUUGCUUGGUGUGAACGGAGCUGGAAAGACGACCAUCUUUAAGAUGUUGACAGGCGAUAUCGGAGCAUCCAGCGGAAGGUUGCGGGUCCAGGAUCAUUCUGGGUCCUUGAAUGACAUUAGCGAGGCACACUGGUCACUCUUUGGCUACUGUCCUCAAGAAGACGCCUUGGAUGACUUGCUGACAGUGGAAGAGCACAUGUAUUACUAUGCUAGGCUCCAUGGCAUCCCAGAGAGAGAGAUCAAAGGAGUUGUACUUCAGCUUCUCCACCGGCUGAAUCUGAUGGCCUACAAAGACAGAGUCACCUCUAUGUGCAGUUAUGGCACCAACAGAAAAUUGUCGACUGCUCUGGCUCUCAUUGGGAAUCCAUCAAUUCUGCUGCUGGAUGAACCGAGCUCUGGAAUGGAUCCAAAUGCUAAACGCCACCUUUGGAAAAUCAUCAGUGAGGAAGUGCAGAACAAAUGCUCGGUGAUACUCACAUCUCACAGCAUGGAGGAAUGUGAAGCCCUCUGUACCAGGCUGGCUAUUAUGGUGAAUGGGAGUUUUCAGUGCAUUGGCUCUUUGCAGCAUAUCAAGAGCAGGUUUGGAAGAGGAUUCACUGUGAAGAUGCACUUAAAUAGCAACACAGUUAACACUGAGACGCUGACAGAGUUCAUGAAAUCACACUUUCCAAAUACAUGCCUGAAGGAUCGGCAUUUCAGCAUGGUGGAGUAUCACGUUCCAGUCUCUGCAGGAGGGGUAGCAAAUAUAUUUGAUCUCCUGGAAGCCAGCAAAGCAGCCUUCAAUAUCAGGCACUUCUCAGUGAGUCAAACAACGUUAGAGGAGGUUUUCAUCAACUUUGCUAAAGAUCAAGUAGAUCCUGAUGGUGUGGAUGCAGGCCCUGAUGUGACACUGGACAGCUCUGACACAAGUAGCCAAGAUAGCACCAUAAGCUCUAUCUAUUGA